UCAUUUCAAUUUUUGGAUUCACACCCGUCUUAAACCGUUCUGAGGUAUAUUUUGUUUUCCCGCCAUAGAUAGGUGCUUCAUACGACAACGAGUGCGCCCCGGUGUAGUUUGUCCUAGUGGAUUUGCGGUAGCUAGUCCGCUACACAUCCGGUUACCACGACACAACGGUCACUGUAGAGGUCCGUGUUAUGGUGUUUUAUUGUAGCGUUGUUCUUAAUUCUUGACAUAUUCUUUUAUGUAACCAAGUAAACGUCGGCAAUUAAAAGUUUUGUGCAAUGAUAAACUUGUCUCAGUGUACUUUGAAGUUUCUCAAAAUAGCCUAGCUUGGUAGCGGCUAACAAAGAGACCCGGAAGUUAGCAACACGUCGCUCAGCAGAGCUCAAGUGUCGAGUGUGAAGUGUUGCGAUUGUGUGAAAAUCUGUAACGUACUAACACGGACAACCCAACUGCGACUGUUUAAGAAAUGAUUGUUGUGUUAGAACGAUAGCAGAGUACGAGGAGGAACUUUCUCGAACAAAAGAGGAGAACGAGCGACAACGUCAACUAUUGGACGCCGUUUUCAAAAAGCCUCAAGUUGUGUUACAAAGUGCAGCCAUACAAAAAUGGAAGACAUUGUUGGGAUCAGACAUGCAGAAAGUUCCAGUAAACUUCCCAAUGAGCAGCAGGAGUGGACCACCAGGGUGGAGCAGGAAGAGCCACAAACCCCCCACGUUAAAGAGGAAGAGGAGGAGCCACAGUCCCCUUACAUAAAAGAGGAAGAGGAGGAUCACAGCAUCAGUCAGGAGGCAGAGCAUCGCGAAGGACUGGAGAAGUUUUCAGUGAUUCCUGUCAUUGUCAAGAGUGAACAUGAUGAAGACAAAGGUGAAAGCAGCAGCUCGGCUCAACACAUGACAACAGAAGCUGAUGAAGAUCACUCUGGAGGAUCUCAUGCAGACAACCUCUUAGCUCCACUAUCAGAUAGUGACGACACGACGUCACACUCUCCUGACACUGAUGAUGAAGACUCUAAAGCUGAUAUGACAUGUCACACUGACAACACACACUUUAAAUGUUCUCAGUGUGACAAAACCUUUGGCCAUAAAAAGAACCUGAAAAGGCACAUGAGAUAUCACACAGGGGAGAAACCGUUCAUCUGCUCAUUCUGUGGUCAGGGAUUCUAUGAGAAGGCACAUUUAAUAACACACACAAGGAUACACACUGGAGAGAAACCUUUUUCCUGCUCGGUCUGCAACAGAAUUUUUUGUGACCGUUCCGCAUGGGUCGUUCACCAGAGAACACACACAGGAGAGAAACCUUUUGCCUGUUCAAUCUGCGGUAAAAGAUUCCCUCGCAGGGAAAACCUGAGAACACACACAAGAACACACACUGGAGAAAAACCUUUCAGCUGCUUGGUCUGCAGAACGAGUUUUACUGUUCGUUCGACAUUGGUCCAACACAUGAGAACGCACACUGGUGAGAAACCUUUUGUCUGCACAGUGUGCGGUGCAAGAUUUUCUCAAAAGACGCAUUUAAAAAAUCACAUUAGAACGCACACUGGGGAGAAACCUUUUACCUGCUCAGUCUGUGAUCAAAGUUUCUCUGUUAAAGCAAGUUUGAUGUCGCACAUGAGAACACACACUGGACAGACAUGAUGUGGUGAAGCCUCCAAUAUUUUUUUUUACUGGUGUUCUUUAGGCAAUUAUGGGAUUUCAUAGCAGUGAUUUUGUGAAAAUCAAUAACAUUUGCCUUGUUUUAUGAAUCAGUACACUUUUUUCCUUUAUCUUGCUAUGUGAUUGUACCACAGACAUAUACUGACAUAUAAUGACUACAUGUUACAAAUUCCAGCACAAUGGCUGUUAAGCAUUACAUGUAUAAAAUAGAGAGUUGUACUUUUUAUGGAAAAUAAAAUUCAAG